AUGCAUAUCUAUCUAUCUAUCUAUCUAUCUAAGUUUUUAUUGCCAGUUAUAUUUUCUAUCUAUCUAUCUAUCUAUCUAUCUAUCUAUCUAUCUAUCUAUCUAUCUAAAUUUUUAUUGCUCGUUAUAUUUUCUAUCUAUCUAUCUAUCUAUCUAUCUAUCUAUCUAUCUAUCUAUCUAUCUAUCUCAGUUUCUUUCUUUCUGUCUUUCUUUCUUUGUCACUAUCUUUCUAUCUAUCUAUUUCAUUCUGCGUUUCUUGGUCAUUAUCUGUCUGUGUCUCUCUGUCUGUAUCUCUCGUUUCUUUCUUUUAUUAUUUCUUUGUCACUAUCAAUCUGUCUAUCUAUCCCAGUUUCUUUCUUGUCACUAUCUAUCUAUCUAUCUAUCUAUCUAUCUAUCUAUCUAUCUAUCUAUCUAUCUAUCUAUCGCAGUUUUUUCUUUCUUUCUAUAUCUCUAUCGAUCUGUAUAUCUAUCAAAUUAUUUUCUCUAUCUAUCUAUCUAUCUAUCUAUCGUAGUUUUUUCUUUCUUUCUAUAUCUCUAUCGAUCUGUAUAUCUAUCAAAUUAUUUUCUCUAUCUAUCUAUCUAUCUAUCUAUCUAUCUAUCGUAUUUUUUCUUUCUUUCUAUAUCUCUAUCGAUCUGUAUAUCUAUCAAAUUAUUUUCUCUAUCUAUCUAUCUAUCUAUCUAUCUAUCGUAGUUUUUUCUUUCUUUCUAUAUCUCUAUCGAUCUGUAUAUCUAUCAAAUUAUUUUCUCUAUCUAUCUAUCUAUCUAUCUAUCUAUCUAUCUAUCUAUCUAUCUAUCUAUCGUAGUUUUUUCUUUCUUUCUAUAUCUCUAUCGAUCUGUAUAUCUAUCAAAUUAUUUUCUCUAUCUAUCUAUCUAUCUAUCUAUCUAUCUAUCUAUCUAUCUAUCUAUCUAUCUAUCGUAGUUUUUUCUUUCUUUCUAUAUCUCUAUCGAUCUGUAUAUCUAUCAAAUUAUUUUCUCUAUCUAUCUAUCUAUCUAUCUAUCUAUCUAUCUAUCUAUCUAUCUAUCUAUCUAUCCGAUUAA